CACAAACAUCAUUCAAGUCCACUUGGGGUGGGUAUUUCGGAUUUCCGAUCCGAUUCGAUUAAAUUUUAUCCGAUAAUUUUUGGAUUGUAAAAUUUUGAUCCGGAUCUGAUAGAAUUUUUUUGAGAUUUCCAAUCCGAAGUAUCCAAUUUAAUUUAAAAGUAUUCGAGUCAAAUAUCCAGCUUUUCAGGAUAUUUCGAUAAUCCGAUUUUUUCGGAUAUUUCGAAAUCCAUUUUUUUCGAAUAUUUCGGGUAUCUGUCUUUUGCCGGACAUUCCGGAUUAUCAGGAGCAAAUAAAGUUGAUUGUUUGAAAUAUUCUAGUCUUAUAUGCACGUUAUGCGUGCUAGAUUAUAUAAAGACUAAAAAUGGUGUUAUGACAACUGAUGACAACAAAUAAUAUGCUAGAGAAAUUGUUCAAAAAGUUCAUAUGAAGAAAAUUAGAUAUAAUCACUAGUGAAAAGCAUUUACAUAGUUAAACAAUGUAAUACACAUUAUAUGACGAAAAAACUAAAUUGUAGUACUAAAGUAAAGGAAAUUAACAUAUAAAUAGUGUGUUUCUUAGAGAAAUUGAAAAAAAUGAUUUCGAAAAUUGAUUGACUUUUUUCUUAGAGAUCGAAAUUGGAAAAAAUGAUUUCGAAAAUUAUGUUUUGAUAGAGAGUAGAGAAAGAAUAUCGUUUGGUACGUGGAUUAUUUGGACCGCAACAUUGAGCGUCGUUCCACCAUUAAUUAAUUAAGCUUAGUAGGGCGAACCGCGUGUUCGAUCCACCACAACACUUGGAGAGAACUACAACCUAUCCACCCAGAACUCGCCCCAAAUCCGGAAUAACCACUAAGGAUGAACCGGGUGGUAACAAGAAAAAAAAAAAAAAGUCUUAAUUAACUACCCACAAAAAAAUAAUUAACUACCCUAAAAAAAAAAAAAAUUAAAAAGAUAUCUCCAUUCUUAACAUACUCUUGGAAGACUUCGGUUAAGAAAGUGGUUCGUUGUUUUCUUCAUGACUUCAUUCCUUUUUUCAUUCUUUCUUCUUUCUUUCCAUUAAAGUCCCUUUCCUUUUCUUUCCCUCAAACCAAAGAGCCUCUUAUCUUACCGGUUAUGAUUCCGUGAGAGGAUUUUAAAUUUUCUUUUUCCUCUUUGUAAAUUUUUUAACUCAAAAGAAGGGAUAUGAGUAAGAUUUUUAGAAGUAUGAAAGGAAGUUAGAAAAUUAAUGGAGAUUAGCUAGUUAUAAUUAGGAGUAUUUGAAUGUGAUUAGAGAACCAGAAAUGGGGGCCUCUACAAGCAAAGUUUUAAGUGACAUUGGUUCUCUGGCCGGAAACGUAAUCGCAACUCCAUUUAAAUCCAUCUUUGGUCGAUCAUGCCAAGACGUGUGUGAUGGAAGAUGGGACGUCGUUUGUUUUAUCGAGCACAUCUGCAUAGCCGACUUGGUGAAAUUUCUACUUGCUUGUUGUCUCUUAUACAUAUGCCUAGUUUUCGUGUACUUAUUAUAUAAGUUGGGAUUAUGCCAAUGCAUAGCAAAGACCCUAUGUAAGCUAUGUUGGGCUGUUUGUGAAACUUCAUGGUUGACACUAGACUACAUUUGUUGUUUCUGUUGGCAUAAGAUCCGGUACACCAAACGAGUUUAUCGUGGCAGACGACGUCGUCUAAGGCGACAACUAAGUAGGGAUGUUGAGUUGGGCUACAUUAGUACAUCCUCUAUUUCAGCUGACGAGGGUGGUGGUUUCAAUGACUAUGGUUCGAGUCUUGGUCGAAAGCGUAAGUCGUGGAGAGAGACAAGAAGACGGCGAAGAAUGCACCAUUGUAAGAGUGUAAGGUUGAAGAAAGGACAAGUUUCUGUUCAUUUGAAAGGUAAGUCACGUAGAAGAAGGAGGAGAAGGAGAAGAAGAAGGAAUCAACUUAAUGAAGUUGAAAUGUCAAGUUUGAGAAAGAGUAGAAGAAGAAGUAAUACUAUCAAGUUUAAGAAGCAAAGGACAAGAUGAUAAAUAACAUCUUUGGAUUAUUAUUUAGUUAAAUUAAUCUCCAAAUGCUUAAGUCAAAACUUCAUGGGUUAGGGGAACUGAUUUGUAAAUAAUGGGAGGAUUGUUCAUGUUUUUUUUUUGUUGCGUAUGAGCCACAAGGUAAUAUAAAUUUUAGGUUUUUGUAUGUGUUUAAUAACAGGUAUUGGAGUAAGGAUUGAUUGUGAUUAAGUCAAAACCACAAUGAU